AUGCCCCCACAAGACCUGCAAAUUGUGGCCACAAAUGUGCCUCCCGAAGAUCAGGAUGGCUCCGGGGACGACUCUGACAACUCUGGCUCAGGUGCAGGUGCCUUGGAAGAUACCACCCUUUCACGGCAUCACUCCUCCACCUGGAAGGAUGUGUGGCUUCUAACAGUCACGCCUACAGUUGCAGAGCCCACUGGCAGGGAAGCUACAGCCCCCUCCACCUCCACUCUGACAGCUGGAGAGGGGCCUGAGGAAGGAGAGGCAGUGGUGCUCUCAGAAGCAGAGCCUGACCUCACCGCCCGGGAAAAGGAGAUUACCCCUGAGCCCAGGGAGACCACACAGCUCCCAGCCACUCAGAGGGCCUCAACAGCUAGACCCACUACAGCCCAGGCACCUGCCACCUCCCCUCCCCACAGGGACAUGCAUCCUGGCCCCCGUGAGACCUUAGCUCCUACAGAGGAUGGGGGUCCUGCCAUCGACAGGGCUGCUGAGGAUGGAGACUCCAAUCAGCUCCCGACAGGAGAGGGGUCUGGGGAGCAGGACUUCACCUUCGACACAUCUGGGGACACUGCUGUGGUUGCUAAGGAGCCUGACCACCGAAAUCAGCCCCCGGUGGAUCAAGGAGCCACGGGGGCCUCACAGGGCCUCCUGGACAGGAAGGAAGUACUGGGAGGGGUCAUUGCUGGAGGCCUCGUGGGGCUCAUCUUUGCUGUGUGCCUGGUGGGCUUCAUGCUGUACCGGAUGAAGAAGAAGGACGAGGGUAGCUACUCCUUGGAGGAGCCAAAACAAGCCAAUGGCGGUGCCUAUCAGAAGCCUACCAAGCAGGAAGAAUUCUACGCCUGA